CCCACCUCUCCCUGGCUGCGGGGACCGCAGGGAUGUUCCCGGCUCAGGAGGAGGCUGACAGGACCGUGUUUGUGGGCAAUUUAGAGGCCCGAGUACGGGAAGAGAUUCUUUACGAGCUGUUCCUUCAGGCCGGGCCACUAACCAAAGUGACUCUUUGCAAAGAUAGAGAUGGAAAGCCGAAGUCCUUUGGUUUUGUCUGCUUCAAGCAUCCUGAAUCUGUGUCUUAUGCCAUAGCUUUGCUAAAUGGAAUUCGUUUGUAUGGAAGACCAAUUAAUGUGCAGUAUCGGUUUGGUAGUUCUCGCUCUUCUGAACCAGCUAGCCAAAGUUUUGAGAGCUGUGUUAAGAUAAACUCACACAGCUUCAGGAAUGAAGAAAUGCUGGGCAGAUCUUCGUUUCCCAUGCACUUUUUCCCAAUUUCAAAUGCUGCUUUACCUCAAGAAUAUUUUUUCUUUCAGAAAACGCACUGGCACACGCACAGUCCAAUGUUGCAGCCUCCCUUCUACGACAUGACAGCGUCCCUUCCCAACAGUGCAUCUGGAUCGCACUCCUUAAACCUCGAGGCUGGACCCAGCUCCUACGAGUGGACUCACCAGCAACCAAGUGACCCUGACCUUUAUCAGAGGAACAAACGAAAGAGGGAAAGGCAAGCCAGCGACACCGACAGUAGCUCAGAAGACAAGAGAGGGAAUGAAGGGAGCCAGAAACACCAGAAAUGCAAAAGGAAGAAGAAAUACCAGUGAAAUAUAUCUGCACUGCGGUCAACUCUCUAAAAAAAAAAUCUAUUGUACCAAAUGA